GGUCCCUUGAAUUCGCGGAAAUAGAGAAGUAAUCGCUACCCAUUUACAUCCGCAAUCUCAGAUACGUUUUUUAUAUUGAAUCCAAGACACGGAAAACAUUUCUCCUUCCUAUGCGUUCUCUCCUCUGCCAUAUUCAGGGAAGGGAAUUUCUGUGGUGUAGUACCUUAUGAGCUACUAACUUGCAUCGCUGACGUAAUAUUAAGCGUUACCAUGGUAACCUCCAACUAAACAUAACGAAAUCGCCCAGCGUGUGUAAAAUACGGUCUUUAUAACAGACUUUUUUACAUCUGAAACAUGCCAAAAAAGCAAACAUCUAUUGUUUGGCAGGAUCGGGAAGUGCUCUUCGAUCUACCAUUUUCGUAUUUGAGGCUGCGGCCUGGAGAGAAGAUUUUUGACAGAAUAGAACCAAUAGAGGAUACCAAAGGCAAUAGCGGGACUAAAGGCCGUAUGGUUGUUACAAAUUUAAGGAUCAUCUGGCAUUCUAUGAGCUCACCCAGGAUAAAUCUAUCAAUAGGAUUAAACAGCAUCAUAUCAACAAGUACAAGAACUGUGAACUCCGGUCUUCGAGGCACCACGCAAGCACUCCAUCUAUUUGCCAAUUACAACAAUAAUAAGUACGAAUUCAUCUUCACCAACCUUUCGCCCAACUGCGUCAGGCAUUACACCUCAGUUGUUGGAGUACAUAAAGCUUACGCAGGUUCAAAAUUAUAUCGUGAUUUGAAACUCAGGAGUUCCAUUAUACAGAACAAACAGUUGAAGAUGUUACCUCUUGAAAAGAUAUGUAUCCACGAGCACGGUGUGUGGAACCUGUCGAGUGAGUCCGGCAAUCUGGGCAGCCUGCGAGCCAGUAACGUGCGCGUCGUGUGGUGCGCGGACUUGAACGAUGCAUUUAAUAUCACCAUGCCCUACAUCACUAUUGAAAGAAUAUCGAUCCGCAACUCCAAGUUCGGGGAGGCUUUAGUAGUGGUGGUCCACGCGUGGUCUGGCGGCUACGUGCUCGGUUUUCGCACGGAGCCGUCUCGCCUGCGUCCAUUGCUCGCUGAGCUGCAGACACUGCAUCAGGCGUACAAUGAGAAACCAGUCUUCGGUGUGGAGAUGAACUGGGGGAGUGAGGCAGCAAAGCCAACUAACGACGAAAUUGAAGACUUAGUAGAGAUCGGCGAGCCGCGCGGGGAGAUGGGUCCACAACUGUACCUCGCAUCUCAGUUGGCACAAAACAAUGAAGAUGUCAUCCAGCCCGUGUACAGCACUUAUUUAGGCCUCGCUAUUGAACCAUUAAAGGACGGAUUCACGCUAAAAAGUCUGUUCGAAGUACAAACAUAGAUUAAUACAAUUAGGGUUUUUUUUACAUUUUUUAGUACGUACUGUUAAGAAUUUUAUUGUAUCUGUAAUGAUAAAAACGCUUGACGUAACAAUUUAUCAAAGCCCCUUAUGCCUUCAUAAGAGAAGUGAGCGCAAACAAAUACUCGUCUCGAGUGUUAUCUCAUAAAAGUAACGAGGCUGCGAAGCUCGCAGUCGGAGAUAAAAUAUUGUACAAUAUUCUAGACAUACUUAAAACGUAAUACAAAUAUCAAGGUUAAUUUUUACUUAGUUAUCUCGUGUCGCAAUAUUUGAAACUGCUUAAUUCUGCGACAGGUGAAUUUUUAUUCCACUGAAUAGUAGUUAGCAUGCCAGCUAUGGCACUGGAGACCAAAAAAAUGUCAUCAAGAUCAAUCACUGAUUGCACAAAUCUAUGCCAAUUAACAUAUACCUGUAAUUAGCACUUGCUUGUCGGCUACUAGUAUGUAUUCCUGUCUUAAGUAGUUAUAUAAUACUAAGUAAGGGUGUCCAAUUAAUAACUCUAAGGGCCUGUCCCACCAAAUACUAAAUUGUCAGAUAUCACAAUCCAAUGUGUUAAGUAUAUGAUGGAAAUGUCUUAUUUUGUUACCCUAUCUGACAGUGACGUCAUUGUUAAUCUGAGCCUCUAUCAGCCAGUAUUGGGACAGGCCUCAAGGCAGGUAAAAAAAUGAAUUAAAAUCAAUGAUUUAUUUUUAGAAUCCUAUUUAGUUCUGAUAUUAAUCUAGUAAGGUUAUAUCGUUAUAGUACCAGGGUUUCAUAAGCUGCCAAUAAGUUGGCGGGACAGAGAUCGGGGACGUAUGCGGACUAUUAACUGUAAGAGGCAGGGCGACGGUCCCUUAUGUUUAUGAACCUUUAUCCCGACCGUAUGUGUGGAUAUAUUAUAUUUGGAACAUAUUCCGAAUGGAUUUUUCCAUUGCGACGAAUGAAACAUUGCAUUUUUCUAGAAACAUUUGUUUAUAGUAAAAAGCUAACUGCAAAAACGCCAUUUUUUGUUGCACCUCAAUAACUGUUACAUACGACGUAAAUAUUGAGGGAAUAUAAAAUUCAUUUAACAUGUCUCAUAGCUUUAAACAUAACUUUAGUUUGAGUAAUACUUAUCGAAUUGUUCUAUCAGAUAAAGUUUUUUUCCAUUAUCGGAAAACAUUCAAGAUGUUUUGAGACGCGACAAAUAAAAUGUUUGAGUGCCUACAAAUAGGAAUCCCAAGAUAAGAAUAUUGCUAGAUUCAAAUCAUGUACAUAACAUAUUUAGUUAUGUAUAUUUUAUACAGAUUUCACUAAAAUAAGUCAGUGAUUGUAAUUAAAGAUAUUGGUAAUAGAAGACUGCAAAUGCGUUAUCUACCUUUAAACGAUAGAGAAUAUACUAAAAAGGAUACUUUCCUUUCCCACAUAUCCCGCCAAAUUCCUCUCCGCUUUCCAUCUUUCCCUUACUAGAAAAGAAUAAAUAAAAUGGCAACAGCUCUACUUGAUGGUACUUCUUUUAUUGUACAAUACAAAUAU